CUUUGCGGGGUAAAAGAGAUUUCAGUUCCACUUCACCCACCGCUUCUAAGGUUUGUCUCAAAAUGGCUCUUUUUAGUAAAGUUGGUAAUCUGCUAAAACAAUCGGGAAACAAGAAUGUUAGUAUGGGAUUGUCUUCUACAAAUUCGCUACUUUUUCAGACAAUCAGGAGCAUGUCGUCUGCUAAGCUCUUUGUUGGAGGACUUUCGUAUGGAACCGAUGAAAUGGGAUUAAGAGAAGCUUUUCAGCAAUAUGGCGAAGUGAUAGAGGCCAAGGUUAUCACCGAUCGUGAUUCUGGUAGGUCUCGAGGUUUUGGCUUUGUUAGUUAUACGUCAACCGAUUCAGCCAGCUCUGCUCUGCAGGACAUGGAUGGCAAGGAACUCCAUGGUCGAAGGAUUAGAGUGAACUUCGCAGAAGAGAAGCCUCGUCCAUCUUUUCGCGGUAGUGGUGGAUAUGGGGGCGUUGGUGGUGGUGGUGGUGGAUAUAGAGGAGCUGCUGGUGGUUAUGGUGGAGGCUAUGCAGGAGGUGCUGGUGCUUAUGGUGGUGCUGGUGCAGAGGAUCUCUUUAGCGGCGGUUUAGGUAGUGCAACUGGGGCAUCAACCGGUGGCAAUGGAGAUGAUGAUGGUGGCAGUUUCAACCAAGAUUUAGAAGGAAAAUAUGGUGAGGAUGACUUUGAAGAGGAUGAUUAUGCCAACACUUCGAAAAAGUGAGAAUGGAGGUACAUAACUAUUGGACUAUGGCAAGCCUAUGCUGAAUAAACUGGUCUUUGUCAAUAUGUCGUGGUUUUUACAAUAUUGUAGAUGAACAACUGUCAAAUAACGUCGGGUUCCUUUCUGACGUGAGUGUCAACCUGCCAUUUAAAUUUUGUUUUCUUGGUCGUUUCUUACAUUAGUAGUUAGUUUUGGUAUGAAAGUAGAGUUGCCCGCUUUUGUGA